AUGAUGCACGAGUGCAUGGACACAGCAUGGCAGAAGAAGGACAAGGCCACCAGAGCACCCACAGUGCUCACAACCAUUGCGUUUUUCAACGAAGUGGCUGAGUUUGCCAUGACCUGCAUAGUACAGUGCAUGCACCCGGUGGCUCGGUUAAAGGCCAUGAUUCGCCUCAUAGACAUCAUGGUGGAGUUGCUGAUGCUGCACAAUCUGUCGUCGGCCAAAGCCAUACUCGCCGCUCUGCAGAGCACCCCAGUGUACCGACUCAAGCAAACCUGGAUGAGUCUUAGUAAAGAUGCGCAGAAGGUGUUUGACGAGUGUGCGAUGCUGCUGUCGGAAGAGAACAACAUGGCCCAAAUGAGAAAGGUAACCCUAAAACCCAAAUGA